AUGUCGUCCCCUUCCCUUCCUCUGGCCGAGCUGCCCCCGAGCCCCCUGGCCAUGGAGUACCUCAACGACUUCGACCUGCUCAAGUUCGAGGUGAAGCCGGAGACGCCUCCACCACAGCAGGCCUGUUCAUACUCCUCCAAGCCACCGCAAGGCCUCCAACACCCCCACCACCACCUCCAGGACCCCUCCAGCCCCUCCCCGUACAGCGGCCAGCCCCCCCAGGACUCCAGCCUGAGCUCCAGCCCGUACACCUCCCUCCCUCCCUCCCCGACACUGAGCGACGCUGCCCACCCUCCCCCGUCGGCCUCCUCUUCCUCCUCCUCAUCAUCCUCCUCCUCUAUUUCCUUCCCGCUCUCUGUCUCCAACGGGUACGUGUCGGGGCUGAGCUCCGGUGCCUCGCAGGGGAACCCCGAGGGGAGCCCCAUCCCAGGCGGAGGUGCAGGGGGUGGGCCGGGCCAGUGCCCGCCCAACCCCGCCUCCCUGGAGGACCUGAUCUGGCUGGCGGCCCUACAGCAGCAGUUUGGGGGUGAGGCAGGGGGGGCCGCCUCGCUGCUGGGGGCCCUGGGUGGGGCCCCCGAGAGAGGGGGUGACAGGGACCGGGCGGCAGCGGCAGCAGCGGCAGGAGUAGGGGUCGGCGUGGGCGUGGGAGGCUUCCUGGGAUGCGAGGAUGCCGUGGAGGCCCUACUCAACUCUGCCGCGGUAGCAGUGGGAUCACAGUUUCCUGUUCUCUCCCAGAGCUCCAGUAGCAGUACGCUGGGUGACUCGGGCAGUGACAGCGGAGGGGACGUUUCCUGUGCCAAGGCCUCAGACAUGUGCCACCGCCCUCUCCUCUUCGUCUCCUCCGGCCCACAAUCCUUGUCCAACGCCGGGCAGGCCGGCCCUUACCAACAGCCCCCAAGCCCCCAGGGCAGGCUGCACCACCAUCAGCACCACCAUCACCACCAUCACCCUCACCACCCCAUGCAUGCCCAUCAUCAUCCCCACCAUCAUCACCUUCAACUUAGUCAGUGUGGUGUGGACGCGGUGGAGCGGUUCUCGGACGAACAGCUGGUGAGCCUGUCGGUGCGGGAGCUGAACCGCCACCUGCGGGGCGUGAGCAAGGACGAGGUGGUGCGACUCAAGCAGAAGCGCCGCACGCUGAAGAACCGCGGCUACGCCCAGUCCUGCCGCUACAAGCGCCUGCAGCACCGGCACGCCCUGGAGUCAGAGAAGCACAUACUCACCCAGCAGCUAGAACAGCUCCAGUGUGAACUCUCUCGGGUACUGCGGGAGAGAGACGCUUACAAGGCUCGUUACGAGAAGCUCAUCAGCUCCAACGAGGCGCUAUCGGCGCACGGCAACAACCCACCUUCCCCACCUCCGGACUAUUUCCUGUGA